UUUUUAUCACUUCUCAGCACCUGCUAGCUUAGGAGUGUGACACUUCAGAGUUUAUUCUGAGCAAGUGUCAGGAGCCAGAGGCAAGCACAUGCCAGAAUAUAGAAUGACAGAGAUGGCUAUGGCUUAAAUGACAGUAUUACAGCCCUUUGAAGAGGACAGACAGGUCUUUCUUGGGGUGUCGUCCAGGUAGCUUCUUCCAGCAAAUUAUGGACAGAGGAGAGUAUAAGGGGGCCCAUUUGGCCUUUAAAUCACGCUGGCACAAGACAGACGAGGAACUUUGUAGACACAGUAUGUCCUUCAUACUGCACAAGGCAAUCUGGAAUGAUUUUUUCCAGAGUUAUCUCUAUCUACUGGAGAGGAUACCUCUGGUUAAACUGUAUCAUUGAGCAAUGGAAGUCAUCAAUGGUGAAAUGCAAGUCUAGUCCAGAGCAAAAAUUUCUACGGAGGGGGCCGGCAAAAGUGGCACUGACUUGCCCUUGACUGUGGAUACAGGCAAUUUGGUAAGCUCAGAAAACACUACUUUACAAAAAGUCCAAGAGACAAAACGUGACCACGUUAACUAUUGCUGCAGCCUCCAGGAAUUCCCACUCCCAAGCACCCCAAAAAUAAUAUAUGAUGUCAUCUGGAUUCAAUGGGUUUCAGGAAACCUGACGGAUAAAGACUUGCUAGGUUUUUUUAACCGCUGCCAGAAUGGCUUGAAGGAAAAUGGCAUUAUCAUCCUGAAGGAUAAUGUGGCCCGGGAGGGCUGUGUCCUGGAUCCAUUGGAUAGCAGUGUAAUUCGAGAUCUGAACAUCCUCAGCAGCCUCAUUGUAAAGAGUGGACUCACCAUCCUGCGACAAGAAAAACAAGAGGGCUUCCCUGAGCAGUGUGUACCUAUUUGGAUGAUAGCCAUGCAGAAGAAUCCUGGUCAAACCAGAAAUGGGAUGUUGUAGUAAGCCUUACUAUGAAGAGUAAAGGGUGAUGAAAUGGGACUGGAACACAGCAAAGAGGAAAUCAAAACGGCACACAUUCUAACUUUGUAUCUGGAGCCCUUUCACAUCACACAUUUAAAAACACUAUGAUUUCAUAUUAACUGUAUGGCAGCAUCCUGUGGAAUCCUGGGAUUUGUAGUUUGAGUAGAUGCUAGAAUUCUCUGCUGAGUAGUCUAAAUACUUCUCCCAAAUCUGCAAAUUCCUGGAUUCCAUAGGAUAUUGUCUUGGUAUUUAGAAUGAAAUCGCAGUUACUAUACUUUUGUUGUGUGUAAGACCCCUACUCUACUUCCUAAGCUAUGAGACUGAGAGCCCACUCAAAACGAUUCCCAGCGGCAAAUUCCUUUUUAUUCUAAGCCAGCCGGCAGCCUUGUCAUCACUUCUAUAUAUUUCUGCAGAAAUACAUGCUAUGAGAAAUUAAGAUGAAACUUGAAUAAAUUUGGAGAAGGAAUGUUUCUCAACCUGCCUCCC